GGCGGAAGUGACGUGGUGCCGGCUCUGCUCCGAGGGGAGGCGUAGCCGGCCGGAGAGGGGAGGCGGUGGUGGCGGAAGAGGUUCGGCGGCUGAUGGCGGCUCGGGGUCGGAAGCUUGCCUAACGCGCCGCUUCGGUCUGGAAGCCCUUGACAGGAUUCACAAUGACCUCCUUUCAAGAAGUUCCUUUGCAGACUUCCAACUUUGCCCAUGUCAUCUUUCAAAAUGUGGCUAAGAGUUAUCUUCCUAAUGCACACCUAGAAUGUCAUUACACCUUAACUCCAUAUAUCCAUCCACAUCCAAAAGAUUGGGUUGGUAUAUUCAAGGUUGGAUGGAGUACCGCUCGUGAUUAUUACACAUUUUUAUGGUCCCCAAUGCCUGAACAUUAUGUAGAAGGAUCAACAGUUAAUUGUGUACUAGCGUUUCAAGGAUAUUACCUUCCUAAUGAUGAUGGAGAAUUUUAUCAGUUCUGUUAUGUUACCCAUAAGGGUGAAAUUCGUGGAGCAAGUACACCUUUUCAGUUUCGAGCUUCUUCUCCAGUUGAAGAGUUGCUCACCAUGGAAGAUGAAGGAAAUUCUGACAUGUUGGUGGUGACCACAAAAGCUGGUCUUCUUGAGUUGAAAAUUGAGAAAAUCAUGAAAGAAAAAGAAGAACUGUUAAAAUUAAUUGCUGUUCUGGAAAAAGAAGCAGCACAACUUCGAGAACAAGUUGGAAGAAUGGAAAAAGAGCUUAACCAUGAGAAAGAAAGAUGUGACAAAUUGCAAGCAGAACAGAAGGAUCUAACUGAAGUCUCACAAAGUUUAAAAAUGGAAAAUGAGGAGUUUAAAAAGAGAUACAGUGAUGCUACAUCCAAAGCUCUGCAGCUUGAGGAAGAUAUUGUGUCAGUGACACAUAAAGCAAUUGAAAAAGAAACAGAAUUAGACAGUUUAAAGGACAAACUCAGGAAGGCACAACAUGAAAGAGAGCAACUUGAAUGUCAGUUGAAGACAGAAAAAGAUGAGAAGGAACUUUAUAAGGUACAUUUGAAGAAUACAGAAAUAGAAAAUACUAAGCUUGUGUCAGAGGUCCAGACUUUAAAGAAUUUAGAUGGUAACAAAGAAAGCAUGAUUACUCAUUUCAAAGAAGAGAUUGGCAGACUACAGUUCUGUUUGGCUGAAAAAGAAAAUAUGCAAAGGGCUUUUCUGCUUACAACCUCAAGUAAAGAGGAUACAUUUUUUUUAAAGGAGCAACUUCGUAAAGCAGAGGAACAGGUUCAUGCUACCUGGCAAGAAGUUGUCUUUCUGGCUAAGGAACUUAGUGAUGCUGUGAAUGUGCGAGAUAAAGCAAUGGCAGAUCUGCAUACUGCACGGUUGGAAAAUGAGAAAGUAAAAAAGCAGUUGGCUGAUGCAGUGGCAGAACUUAAACUGAAUGCUGUGAAAAAAGAUCAGGAAAAGAAUGAUACAUUGGAACAUGAACUGAGGAGAGAAGUCGAAGAUCUGAAACUUCGUCUUCAGAUGGCUGCAGAUCACUAUAAAGAAAAAUUUAAGGAAUGCCAGAAGCUCCAGAAACAAAUAAACAAACUUUCAGACCAAUCGGCUAAUAAUACAAAGAAAAUUGGAAAUCAGCAAAAAGUGAAUGAUGUUUCAAUAAACACAGACCCAGCUACUUCUGCCUCUACUGUAGAUGUAAAGAUACCAUCUUAUGCAGUGGAUACUGAUUUUGACAUGGUAACUAAGGGGCAAGUUAGCGAAAUGACCAAAGAAAUUGCUGACAGAACAGAAAAAUAUAAUAAAUGUAAACAACUCUUGCAGGAUGAGAAAAUAAAAUGCAAUAAAUAUGCUGAUGAACUUGCAAAAAUGGAGCUGAAAUGGAAAGAACAAGUGAAAAUUGCUGAAAAUGUAAAACUAGAACUGGCCAAAGUAGAGGACAAAUAUAAACUUCAGUUGGCAGAGAAAGACAAAGAAAUAAAUGGUCUGACUUCACAUUUGGAAAAGCUCUCCCUGGAGAAGGAACUUAAAAGGAGUAUAGAAAAUCAAGCAGAAAGGAAAAUGGAAGGUCAGAAUUUCCAGAGUACUCAGCAGGCAUCACAGUGUCUCAGUCCGUGCUCAGAGCAAAAUGGUCAUGUCUCUGCAUUGCCAAAUGCACAACCAGUUCUGCAAUAUGGUAAUCCCUAUGCUACACAGGAAAUAAGAGAUGGAGCAGAUGGUGCUUUUUACCCAGAUGAAAUCCAAAGGCCACCUGUGAGAGUCCCUUCUUGGGGACUGGAAGACAAUGUUGUCUGCAGCCAGCCUGCUCGAAACCUUAGUCGGCCUGAUGGUUUAGAAGACACUGAGGAUAGCAAAGAAGAAGAGAAUGUGCCCACUGCUUCUGAUCCUUCAACUCAGCAUUUACGUGGGCACGGAACAGUCUUUUGCUUUGAUUCCAGCUUCGAAGUUCAUAAGAAGUGUCCUCUCUGUGAAUUAAUGUUCCCUCCCAACUAUGAUCAGAUCAAAUUUGAAGAACAUGUUGAAAGCCACUGGAAGGUGUGCCCAAUGUGCAGCGAGCAGUUCCCUCCUGACUAUGACCAGCAGGGGUUUGAAAGGCAUGUUCAGACUCAUUUUGAUCAGAAUGUUUUAAAUUUUGACUAGUUACUUUUUGAGUUAAUUCAGUUUAGCAGUUUAAAAAAUCACCUUAAAUAGACCACUAAGGAGACCAUGAGGUGUCAUUUUAUGCGCCCUCUGCUGCACUUUUCUGACCAAGAGCUACUUUGGUGUUAAGAGGAUCAGGGUCAAUCUUUGGCUUAUCAAUAAAUAUAAUUUUAACUUCUGUUAAUUUUACUUGCUUUAAGAGGUGUUUCUUGUGUGUUUAUAUCUUUAUUUAUUCUCUAGUUUGCAAAAUUGUAUGAGUAAAGAAUAUGAGGAUCGUUUUAAUGUUACUGCGCACUGAAAAAGUAUGUAUGUAUUAGUGUAGUGUGCUAGAUUAUUUAGCAGAAUAUUUACAGGUUUCUGUUGACCUCAUUGAUUGAGCAUGACUACUAAACAUUAUGUAAUAAAAAGCAUUUAUCCUGACA